AAAAAACAGUAAGACCAUGCUUGAAGAACUGUAGUCAUACAAGCGAUUGGGUAUGUUAUUUGGCUUUAACAGCAGCCACACUGGUCAAAACAAAAUAUCAAAAUAAAAACAAUGGACCUGCAAUUCGAUAGUGAGACCUAUUGGAACCGAUCCUCCCGAGCAGCCUUUAGUUUUGAUGAUGAGGACGAGGUGGAUCUCGGUCCAGAGUUGGCCACCAAUGGAAUACUCGCCGACGACGCCAUUUCGGAGGCUAGUUUUAACAACAGUGUAACGCUUAAUCUUUCGAUAAAGUCUAUUUUAAGCGAGGAAGCUCUAAAAUUGGUGCUUCAGGAGCAGGCCUUGGAUGAUAGAGUCCUGCCAAAAGGUGUUUCACCGGAGGAGGAGUUGAAGAUACUUCGCCGGCAACUCCAGAGCACUCUAUACAGUCCAAAUCUGGACGCAACAGCACAGAAGUUGCUGCAGGGCAAGACGGCUCCUUUGGAGAUGUUUAAGUCCCUGCAGGAGAAGCAGCAACUGCUGGACACACUUAUCUCCCAGGGUGGCGGUCAUGCCGUCAUCACUGUCCUGCUGUUUCUUAAAAGAACGCUGAACACUAUUCAGUUUCAUGGGAUUUUAAGGGAACGUCCCAAGGCAUUGGAAGAGUAUCUGAGUUAUCUGAAGGACAGUGGCGACCUUGCCGGCCAUAUAGACUUGCUGCAGCGGUUCGGACGUCACCAGGAAGCGGCUCUUAGGCAGUUUCAAGCGGCCUUGUCGUCAAGAGAUGUCGCUACCAGAAAAAAACAUCUCCAACUCUUGGUAGAUGCAUACGCCACUGCGGGAGUGGGCGUAAUACCGCUCUACGAACAGGUUUUUCAUUCUGCUCUUAAGAUGCUGCAGCUAUUGGAGAAGGAGAAUGGUUUGGGCAAAAAUCUCAGGGAUAUGACUACGCCAAUUGAAGUACUUUAUGCCUGCUGUCAGGCGAACAACAAUUGGAAGGAGCAGGAUAUGCUUAAGCCCAUGUCACCUCAGCGAUUUGCCGCCGAUCAGCAAAUCUCACCGGCCCAAUAUGAGUGGACUGCUCUUAAUGAAAGGGCACAUGCUCAAGCUUACGCAGAUCUGGAGUGCAUCUUCGAGCGAGUUCCCAGCUGGCAUCCGCUGAAAACGAAGCAGUUUCACAUCAGCUUUGAUCUCACUCUGGCCGUCCUCCGACUUUAUGAACUGCAGGCGCCAUCGACCGUUCUCCAGCUAUUCCUGUCCAAGAUGGGAAACAGUGUGGAGAAACUAGCUCUGGCUCAACGUGUAAAGUGCAUCAAGGCGGUGAUCGAUGCCAUGGCUGGGCUGAAGCAGCAGCAGGAACUGCAACAGCUGAAGGACACCCUGCCCGAGCGUUCCGAGGAGCAGUUCUACUGCGAGAACGCCCUGAAAGCGCUUACAAGCAAGCGCUGGACCACCGACAACAUCAAACUCAAGCUUUAGAAUCCUCUUUCUUUUAUUUGUAUAAACGUAUUUUAUUGUUAAUCAUAUAUAUGUGUAUAUAAU